AUGGACGGACCCGACCUCCCUUCGGGCGGCUCCGGCGCGCCUCCGGGCUCCCCAGCGCAAUCCAGGAAGCGCAAGCGCGGCGCCACGCCGGCCGCGGAGGAGCCCGCGGCGGCGUCGACGAGGCGCGCGACGCGGAGCACGGCGGGGCUGGAAGUGGGCGGCGCGGUGCGGUGGGCGCGGAGCGCGGCCGCGGGGACUCUGUGGGCGGUGCGGGGGCGCAACCGUGGCAUCGACGACGACGAGGAGCGGAUGGGGGCGCUGAUCCUGGCGGUGCGCCACGUGCUCUCCGAGCUCAAGCCGGACGACCCCGACACGCCGUACGCGAAGAAAAGGCUUCACAGACAAGGCACAAGGAGUUCUGCGAGGAUAGCUGGUCACUUAUCUAGUUUUCUUGUAUCAACGAGGAAAUGUAUUAGGAUAGACUCUGUCCAGUACCAAGCUUCUGUCCCUGAGUGGGAAAAUGCCCCAUCUGAGAAAGAUAAAGCUGACUACAGAACUGAUAAGAAGACCUUACAAAAGAUGGGCACAGUGGUCAUGCUGCCAUUCAUCAUGGAGCCACGGAAGACAAGGCAAGCAGUGGAUGACAAGUGUAAAUGUUCUCGUCCUGGAUCUGAGGCCUGUGUAGGAGUUCAUGUAAAAGAGACCAGGAACAGGCUCAAGUAUCAAUUGGGUGAGAAAACUUUCAAAAACUGUGGGUUCGAUGCAAUGGGUGAGGAAGUUCUGAAGUUAUGGACUGCAGAAGACAAGAAGAAAUUGGAUGAUAUUGAGAAGUUGAUUCCUCAUAAUAAACAUGAGAACUUCAUGAAGAUUGCCUCGAAGCAGUUCAGCUCAAAGAAAACAACGGACCUGGCUAAGUACUACUACAACAUUUUUCUUCCAAAAAGAUUGGCGGCCUUGACUAGGACAGAAGCUACAGAUGCCACAGAUGCAAGUACAGAUGAUGAAGGCAAUAAUCAACAUGAUGACAACAAUUAGCAUCAUUAUGAAGAGAAGAGUAGACG